AGUGGGUCCACAUGACGCACACGAUGGCCAGUUUGGCCUAACCUAAUACUCUGAUGUUGGGAGUGAGGGGGCGGGGCCAGAUUAGAAGGUUCACAGAUGAAGGUCAUCAGCACAGGUUUGAAACGCUUCACGUCAGGGUCAGUCAGUUUUAUUUUGAAAGUUCUGACCGGAAGCGGUGCGGUUCAUGCCUGAGGAAUGACAGUGUGGGAGCAUCCUGACGUCUUCUGUCGGAGCACAAAGUGGAAACGCACCUCCUCCUACUCCUCUUCCUCCUCAUGAUGCACGAGCACGCGCUCAUUCCUUUUAGAGCCGCUCGUGCCGUUUUAUUUCAUGUCGGUUUGUUUCCGGUUGGGCUCUAACGGAGAUCUCUUUUGUCCGAUGGCCUCCUCCUCCUCCUCCGUCCUCAGCAUCAGCACCAGCGCCGGAGGGCCGUCGGGCCAGUCAGGACGGCCGGGAUUGAACCAGCAGCAGCUCUGCCGGAAGCUCUGCUGAGGAGGCCCGACUGACCGCCGAGUGUUCGUCUUUACCGACUGCAGAACAGCAGGACUUUUCAUCGCAAGUGGCUUCACCAUGACAGAGCAGAGAUUCAGCGACGUGACCGGAUGAAACCUGAAAGAACCAUGAUGGACAGCAGGAGGAGGCGGGAUGUCGACAGGAAGGAGAAUUAGGACGGAAACAGCAGCAAAAUCCAAAAACUGGUGUUUUUUUUCUGCCCAAAGGUUAGAGGACUUUCUGGACUUUGAGGACUUUCAGCUUCCCGAGAGCCGACGAUGUAAAGGAAGACAGCGGUGAUGAUUGUCCGUCUAUAAGCUGCAGCGGCAGAUUGUGCAACAUACACAUGAUUGUCUUCUGCUCACAGGAAAGGAUCAAAGUGCUUCUCGUCCUUUAGCUGAAAUCUGACAUCACACGUCACAAACGCACAGCAAAUACGAUUGUGUUACUGACACAAAGGGCACACUGACCAUCCUGCAGGUGUUACUCUUUAAGACUGGACUGAAGGAAGUGCUCGGACACCUGGUCAGAGGGUGGGCAAACCAUUUUGGGCAUCGGGAGCUGAUCCAGAGGGAGACCCCACGAUGUCUCACCUACACGCCGGCCUGAGCUCAGAGACGACGGAGAAAGCUCGACUGGAGCUGAACGAGAACCCGGACACUCUGCACCAGGACAUCCAGCAGGUUCGGGACAUGAUCGUGACGAGGCCGGACAUCGGUUUCCUGCGGACGGACGACGACUUCAUCCUUCGCUUCCUCCGAGCCAGAAAGUUCGACCAGAUGGAAACCUUCAGGCUGCUGGCCCAGUACUUCCAGUUCAGACAGCAGAACCUCGACAUGUUCCAGAGCUUCAAGGUGGAUGACCCGGGCAUUAAGCGAGCGCUGAUGGACGGAUUCCCGGGCGUGCUGGAGACUCCGGAUCAGCACGGUCGGAAAAUCCUCAUCCUGUUUGCUUCCAACUGGGACCAGAGCAGGAACUCCUUCACUGACAUCCUGCGGGCCAUCCUGCUCUCUCUGGAGGUCCUGAUAGAAAACCCGGAGCUCCAGAUCAACGGCUUCAUCCUCAUCAUCGACUGGAGCAACUUCUCCUUCAAACAGGCCUCCAAGCUCACGCCCAACAUCCUCAAACUGGCCAUAGAAGGCCUCCAGGACAGUUUCCCGGCUCGCUUUGGAGGAAUCCAUUUUGUGAAUCAGCCCUGGUACAUUCACGCCAUGUACACCAUCAUCAAGCCGUUCCUCAAAGACAAGACCAGGAAGAGGAUCUUUCUCCACGGCAACAACCUGAACUCGCUCCACCAGCUCAUCCAUCCCGAGUGUUUGCCAUCCGAGUUCGGCGGGACGCUGCCGCCGUACGAUAUGGGCAUCUGGGCACGAACGCUGCUGGGACCCGACUACAAUGACGAGACCGAGUACACCCUCACCUACGAUGCCCUGCACGUCAGGGAGAACUGUGGAGGAGGAGGAGGAGACAAGGACAUGAUGAAGAGGUCUCAGUCGGCGGUGGAACCAGGAACUCUGCGACAGACGGACAGAGAGACCAGCACACCGCUACUGGCCCUGGACUGAACACACACACACACACACACACACACACACACACACACAACAUCCACGUCAACACACACACACACUCAGGAGCAGCUGUGGAUUAAGCUGGUGUUUUGUCCUCCCGUCCUGUUGAUCUGAACUCUGACAGUGAACUUCCUGAACAGCACACACAGACACACACACACACACACACACACAGACACACACACACACACAGUCUGACCUGUCUCUGAGCCGUCUAAUGCCUCUCAGCUGAGCCUCUCUCCAGCCAGCAGCAUCUGUCCUGAUGUUCACAACAACAAACAGCAGCAACACAAACACACAAAUCAAACGUGUGUGUGUGUGUGUGUGUCAUCGCCUGUUGUGCACCAGCGGCGUGCGUUUAUCUCAUGACUUCACAUACGUGACAGGAUGAUGUUUCUGUGAACAGAGUCAGAAACAAACAAACAAAAAGGGCCAAAUGUGACGGAGUUGAAACUUUAUGUAAAACCUCACAAAGACGUUGCUAUGGAGAAAUGGUUACAAUCAAAUUCAGAUUUAAGAGGGUUGCACCAACAAGGUUCAUUUAAACAGAGACAACAUUCAGUCACAACAUUAAAUCCAAUCCUUCUGUUCUUUAGUUUUCUAACACAGAAAACUACAGCUCCCAUUUUGCUUCCAGGGAUAAAAACA